UAAGAACGCGGAGCGGUUUGUGUGUAAAUGCGCCCGUUUUCAAUUAAAGGAGUUGCGUGACGUUCAGUAAUGAGUGAAUGGAAAUGGCCUCAGUGGGCAACAGCAGCAGCCCUCCUCCUCCUCCUCCUCGCUCGCCUCCCCGGGGCGAUAUCACACGGCCCACAGGGGCUCUGUGAAUGAGAGCGAGACCGCAGCCGCCAUGCUGGGAGAGCCGAGCUUCUCACGCUGAAGUAGAUCCAGCCGCUUCGGUUCCUUAUAGAAGAGAGCGGAGCGCGACGCGUUUUGUUUUCAGAUAAGAACAAGUCAUCCUGGGUCGUCUUCCACUGUCUCACCCAAAACAAGGACUUUCAUGACUCACUUCUUGGUUGCAGAAAAUAUGACAGAUAAAGGAAACUUCACUGUGCCCAAAAUCCAAGAGCCCAACAUGGCAUUUGGAGUCCUCGGGGUGUUCUUGGGCUUGCUCCUAGAGGUUUCUACGCAUGGGCCCACCAGUGUUCCUAGGACAUCUUGGAAACAUCAAGAUGUGAAUUUGACAGAAUUCUCAGAGCCAGGAAUCUUCAACUAUUCCACUCUCCUUCUGAAUGAAGACAAGGAUGUGCUGUAUGUGGGUGCGAGGGAGGCCAUCUUUGAACUGAGCAUGAAAAAUGUGUCCGUAAAAAAAAAUAAGGUGAUAUGGAAGGUUCCUGACACACAUAUAACCAUGUGCAUCCAGAAAGGAAAAUCUAAAGAGACAGAUUGCCUGAACUACAUUCGAGUUCUCCAAGUGUUUGACGACAACACCCUUUACGUUUGCGGGACGCAUGCUUUCCAACCCGUCUGCGACUACCUGUCUCUCAAGGAGUUUAAACUGGAAGAGAAACAGGAAGAUGGCAGAGGGAAGUGUUCUUUUGACCCUGAGCAGAGUUUCACAGCAGUUAUGGUUGAUGGAGAACUUUACUCUGGAACAGCGUACAACUUCUUAGGAAGCGAGCCAAUAAUUUCCAGAUAUUCCCCCUCACAAAGUCUGUUACGCACAGAGUAUUCAACCUCCUGGCUGAAUGAGCCCAGUUUUGUAUACGCGGAUGUCAUCAGGGAGAGCAAGAACAGUGCAGAUGGCGAGGAUGACAAGAUCUACUACUUCUUCACAGAGGUUUCAGUGGAAUACGAGUUCUUUGGCAAGCUGCUCAUUCCCAGGAUAGCUCGUGUCUGCAAGGGUGACCUUGGUGGACAGAGAACAUUGCAGAAGAAAUGGACCACUUUUCUUAAGGCUAAGUUGGUUUGCUCCAUGCCUGAGCUCAACUUUGUUUUCAAUGUGGUCCAUGAUGUGUUUAUCCUAAAGAAUGAAGACUGGAAAGAAACGGUGAUUUACGCUGUUUUCACGUCACAGUGGGGAAAUGUUGGGCUAUCAGCAGUGUGUGCCUACAACAUCUCAUCGGUGGAAGAAGUGUUUUCCAAGGGAAAGUACAUGCAGAAAGCUACUGUGGAGCAGUCCCACACAAAGUGGGUGAGGUAUAAUGGAAUCAUCCCAAGUCCUCGGCCAGGAGCAUGUAUCAACAACAACAACAGGAUACAGAACAUCAACAGCUCCCUUCACAUGCCAGAUAAAACAUUGCAGUUCAUCAAGGACCACCCUCUGUUAGAAGACCCCGUCCUCCCCGUAGGCAACGGCCCCAGGCUCAUCACCAAGGAUGUCAACUAUACACAGAUUGCUGUCGAGAGAGUCCAGGCCCUUGAUGACAAUGUUUAUGAUGUCAUCUUCACAGGGACUGAUAAAGGAGUUUUGCACAAAUCUGUGAUUUAUGGCAGUGAGGUGCAUAUUAUCGAAGAAAUACAGCUUCUCCGCUAUUCAGAACCUAUAAAGACCUUGCUUCUCUCUUCCCAGGGGAGGUUUCUCUACGUGGCCUCGGACACAGGGGUGGUGCAGUCCCCGAUAGCCUUCUGUGAGAAGUAUGCUACGUGUGAGGAGUGCAUCUUGGCUCGAGACCCUUACUGCGCGUGGCACCUAGAUGCUGAGGCUUGCGUGAGCAUAAUCCAGGACCCAGUUGCAGCACGAUGGAGCCUGGUACAAAGCCUUGAUGGUGAUGCCGAAAAGUGUCCUAGAGAGUCAGCGAGGAGCCUGUCCUCGGAAGAUUACCUCCAAAUCGCGGUGAAGCCCGGGAGCUCAGUAGAGCUACCGUGCCACUUGAGCUCAAAUGUGGCCCAGGCGCUGUGGAAGGUGAACGGCAGCACGCUGACCGAUGCGUCUAAAUUCUACUUGAUGCGUGAAGCCGGAAUGCUCGUCUACAGCAUGGCGCCGGAGGACCAAGGCCGCUACGAGUGCUGGGCCGUGGAAUGGGCCGGGGCGAAGAACUUUACCCGGCUGGUCUCGGGCUACGUGCUUACUCUGGAGUCAGCCUCAAGGCCUCCCACCUCUCAUUCUACCAUUCUCAGCUCUAGCGCGGCCCACAGGACGACCGCGGCCACCGAAGUAUCUACCGUAGCUUUCUCUCCCGCUGAUACAUCGUGCCUGUCUACUCCUGGGAGCCCUCCUUCCUCUUCCCUUCCCUCCUCCUCUUUUCCUCCUCCAUCUUCUUCCUCACCCUCCUCACCCUCUCGCACUUCGUCGACCUCUCUCUCACCCUCUCCUGAAUCGCGGGCUGAACUGGAAGGUCAAGGGGUGCGACUGCUACCCCCUUUGCUGAGUGACCAGGCUGGGGCGGUUCAGGCCCAGGAGGCCUUCCUGCUCUUCUGCCUGGCUUUGGGUCCCAGUGAUCUCCACAUUCACUGGCAGGUGAACGGACAGGAGCUUGAGGGCGCUGUCCAGGAAUACAGGCAAGGCCUGACUCCAAGGGGUGUUUUUGUGAGCAGCUGGGUGAGGCAAGGGGGCCUGGCUAAAAAUUCCCAAUACCAGUGCACUGCUGCAUCUCGUGUAGGAAGUGAGACAUCCAAAAUAGUCGUCAUCCUCGGCAACAGAGAUGAAGACAGCACUCGAACCAGUGACUUCAGUCAAUGGAGAAGUGCACUGACAGACCACGAAAAGCUCUUGAAAAGCUGGGAAAAGGCUUGGGAAAGCUGCGACAGGGAAGGUGUUCUUUGAACAGAGUUGUGGCCCCACGAUAACAAGACUGAGGUCUUUGUGAAUCAGAAGAGAACCACGUCUCACUCAUAAGAGGCUGCAAGGGGCUUCUGGCUUGUUGGUUUGAUGAAAGAAACAGGACGCCAGAGCCCUCCUACAGCCUCCAUCAGACUAGAGAUAUGAAAAUACUGCGUGGUCCAUUUUAUGGAGUGUAUACAUAUUAACUUGUUAGAUGAAAGGACUAGAAGGAACCUGUGCUGGUGAAUGAAAUUGCUUCUGAAUGGUACAUGCACUUUCAAUAAUGGCAUAAUGUUUUCACGUUUUCCUUUGGUAAAUCCACAAAACUUGAUACUAUAUCUAUGGAGAAUAUUUACCAUAAAUUGUCUUACUAUGAACAGUAGAUACAAUGCUUAGAUUUUAUAUUAUGGUUCCUUUUAGAUUUCAGAAAAAUAGUAUUUUCCCCACAUGCUGACACUUUUGUCAUGAGAAUCUUACAAUAAUUUACCUAUUUACAAAGCUAGGAAACUUUCCCUACAAAAAAUUUAGGGUAAGUAGUUUGCUCAAGGGUACUACAGUUGGAGGUGAGAUUCAAACCUGUGACCUCUGGGUCCAAAGGCAGCAGUAUGUUACCAGCUGCAUACAUACUCUGACAAAUGUGGUGAGAACAGGUCAAUGUGAAAUACAAAGGAAGCUGAGAAACAGCCAAUGUUCUGCAUUCUGAUCAAUAAUGCAGAGGGAAAUGACAAAGGCACCCUUCUGAAGAACUGUAGUGUGGCCAAGUUCAGCCUACAGUAUGAGUAAAAAUUCCUAUGUUCAAGAAAAGACUCACUUAAAUCUUCCUGCUUGUUCUAAAGAGGAGGAUUUUCAUGGAAGAAAGUUGUAUAAUUGUUAGUUUUUAAAAAUCCUGCUCAGUGUCCAAUUUCCAUCCACA